GUGCGGCGGACGGGCGCAGCGGCAUGGCGGCUGCGGCGGGCCCAGGGCGCGGUGGCAGCGGCGGCUGGGGCCGAAGCCGGGGUGCCGUGCUGCUGCUCUUCUUUUCGCUGUCGCCUCGGCCGCCGGCCGGGGCCGCCUGGCUGCUGGGGUUGCGGCCCGAGGACACAGCGCCGGGCAGGGUAUCCCUAGAAGGCGGUGCAGUGCAAGCGGCCGAGGGGAGCCGCUUCCUCCUGCGCCUCUACUUCCAGCCGCAGCCUGAGGGCAACGGCAGCCGUGGGCCGGCGGGGGAACGGGAGCCGCGGCUGGUCUUCAUCGAGGAGGCGGCGACGGCAGGGGGUGGCAAGACGGCGCGAGGCCCGGCGGAGCGGUGCCGGGAGCGCAGCGCCUGGGCCUCGGACGUGGAGGUGGUGGGGCCGCUGCGCUCGGGCGGGGCAGCGGGGUCGGCGCUCGCCGAGGUGCGAGUGCGGGAGCCGCGCAAGGGAGAGACGGCAGCGGCGCCGGGCGGGCGGCUGUUCUCGCUGUGCGCCUGGGACGGGCGGGCCUGGGCGCACCACGGGGCUGCAGGCGGCUUCCUGCUGCGGGUCCGGCCGGCCGCCCCGGCGCUGGGAACCUGGCUGCUGCCACUGCCUGAGGCAAGCUGGCUGCGGGCGCUGGGCGCCCUGCUGCUGCUGGGGCUGUCGGCGCUGUUCAGCGGGUUGCGCCUCUCGCUGCUCUCGCUGGACCCGUUGGAGCUCCGUGUCCUGCGCAACAGCGGCUCGGCCGCCGAGCGGGAGCAGGCGCGGAGAGUGCAGGCGGUGCGCGGUGGCGGCGGUACCUACCUGCUUUGCACGUUGUUGCUGGGGCAGGCCGGAGCGAAUGCGGCCCUGGCCGGCUGGCUCUGCGCUUCGCUGCCUGGCGGCGGAGCGGCGGCGGCCGGAGGGCCGCGGGGAGCGCCCUGGCUGCCGGUGGUGCUGUGCACCGCCGCCGUGUUCCUAGGCGGAGAGGUGCUGCCAUACUCGGUCUGCUCGCGGCACGGGCUGGCCAUCGCUUCUCGCACCCUGUGCCUCACCCGGCUGCUGAUGCUGGCAGCCUUCCCGCUCUGCUACCCGCUCAGCCGGCUGCUGGACUGGGCACUGCGGCAGGAGCUCAGCGUCUUCUCCACGCGGGAGCGGCUGCUGGAGACGCUGCGCGCUGCCGGGCCCCACGGCGACCUGGUGCGAGAGGAGCUGGCCAUGGUGCAGGGAGCGCUGGAACUGCGCACCAAGGUGGUGGAGGACGUGCUGACGCCGCUGGCUGACUGCUUCAUGCUCCGCGCCGAUGCCGUGCUGGACUUUGCCACUGUCUCCGAAAUCCUCCGCUCCGGCUACACACGCAUCCCCGUCUACGAGGGUGACCGGCGCGACAAUAUUGUUGACCUGCUCUUCGUCAAGGACCUGGCCUUUGUCGACCCUGAUGACUGCACUCCACUGCAGACUGUCACCCGUUUCUACCGCCGCCCACUCCAUUGCGUCUUCAAUGACACACGCCUCGACACACUGCUUGAGGAGUUCAAGAAGGGAAAGUCCCACCUGGCCAUCGUCCAGCGGGUGAACAACGAAGGGGAAGGAGACCCGUUCUACGAGGUGAUGGGCAUUGUCACCCUGGAGGAUGUCAUUGAGGAGAUCAUCAAGUCCGAGAUCCUGGAUGAGACAGAUCUGUACACAGACAAUCGGAAGAAGGAGCGAGUGCCCCACCGGGGACGCAAACCUCAGGACUUCUCCAUCUUCAGGCUUUCAGACAGCGAGAUGAAAGUGAAGAUCUCCCCACAGCUUCUCCUGGCUACACAUCGGUUCAUGGCAACAGAAGUGGAACCAUUCAAGUCCCCCUACCUCUCUGAGAAGAUUCUGCUGCGGCUCCUGAAGCACCCCAACGUCAUCCAGGAGCUCAAGUAUGACCGAAAAAACAAGAAGGCAGCGGAGCAUUACCUCUACCAGCGCAACCGCCCUGUCGACUACUUUGUCCUCAUCCUGCAGGGAAAAGUGGAGGUGGAGGUUGGCAAGGAAGGGCUGCGCUUUGAGAACGGAGCGUUCACUUACUACGGCGUCCCUGCCAUCAUGGCUGUCGUCUCCUCGGAUAAUGACGUGCGGAGAAUGGGCAGCCUGGCUGGAUCCUCUUUCCUAUUGCCUGUCUCAGUGUCCCGUACCUUCGCCUUCAGUAGAGGGGACUCUCUGGCUGGCUCUCCAGUGAACAGGUCACCAUCACGCUGCAGUGGUCUCAACCGCUCUGAGUCCCCCAACCGGGAGCACAAUGACUAUGGGGGCAGCACCACACAGCUCCACAGUGGCAGCAACAACAUCUACACACCUGACUACUCUGUGCACAUCCUCUGUGAUGUGCAGUUUGUCAAGGUCACCCGGCAGCAGUACCACAACGCACUGGUGGCCAGUCGCAUGGACAGCUCACCUCAGUCUCCUGACAUGGAGGCCUUUGACAGGGAUUCAACAAAGGCCUCCACUGCACAGGGAACUCCACAGACGCCCAAGGAGGACUCCACUACCCUCCUGAAUGAGAGGAACAGUGUCAUGUUCCUUGGUACAGGGAUCUGCUGCCACAGCUGGCAUCCUGCUACAUUCUGCCCCAAGGCACAACAGCUACCCACCCUGCCACCACGCCUGCCCUGUGUCCCUGCAGGCAGCCACUCUGAGGGGCUGCGCAGUCCCAGUGACUCCGUGUUCCUGCACAUGGAGGGCAUCCCCUUCAUCCAGGAGGAGCUGGCUGACACUGAGGAGAACAGCCAACAGCAAAACAGUGAGUGCUGUGACACCAUCCUGGAGGCUGAGCCCCCAGGCAGAGAGGCUGGGACCAGCUCAUCACCAAGCAGCUCUGAGAUGCUGGGCAGGAGACUGCUGAGAUCCCUCAGUGGGUCCAAGCAGCAGCCAUCACUGGAGAGUGAAAAGAUGCCAGAAGAGAGCUCCAAUCUUGCCCAGAUAAUCACCUGAGCAGCAGCGUGGCCAGAGCAUGCUGCUGGAGGCCCACGCAGGCUGGAGGUCUGCAGCAUGGGGGGGUCUCUGGCUGCGAGGCUCAUGUUCAACAGCAGCUGGUCUGAAUUCACUCGCUGCCUGCCCACCUGCUCGCUCGUGCUGCCCCUCCCUACAGGACUUGUGCAGAGCCCCAUCCCCAGGCGAGAAAGGAUGUGCCCCUAGUGGGGCUGAACCACACAGGCAGCCUGAACCAGCUAGCUGGAGUCCGAGGGCCCUUGGCCAGCUGCUGCUCAGUAGCAUCUGGUCUCAAGGAAGAGGUGGGAAAAGGAAAGUUGGAGAGGUGUCUGGCACAGCUUCCCUGCAGAGCGAGCAGGAAGGGGCAGCCCAACCCAGAACUGCCCUUACCAUCAUUUACCAUCCCCAUCCCAUCGAGGCCUGCAGCCUCCUCAGUGCUGAGUGCUGCACAGAUGUGGUCUCCACCGUGAGGAGAAUGUGCUUUUGGGGGUGUGCUAUGUGCAGCUCAGGGCCCCAGCACACAUUUGUGCCGUGCCUAGUGACGCAUGCUUGCAGCACCUAGCGCAGGAUGGCCAUUGACACAGCCCGGCACUCCCAAACCCCUGCUGGGCACAGGGCAGGGAGCUCAACCCCCUCCCUGGGGAGGGCCACUCCACGCUGCACUGAACUAUCCUCCUCUCCGUGCAUGGCUGCCAGCACGAGAGAGGCCCGUGCCGAACCUCAGGUUGGCACAGACCAGUCAGUAGUUUUUGUAGAGGCUGAAUGCAAAGGGGAUGUUAACAUUAAAAGUGAUUUCUCCCUGA